AUGGCAUCGAUGAAGUUUGAUCUACCGCUGCUGGAUUACAAGACGAGAUUUGCACUGUGGCAAGUCAAGAUGCGGACGAUUUUGGCACAAUCUUCAGAUCUUGAUGAGGCGUUGGAUGGUUUCGGAGGAAAAGGGCAGAAGUCAUGGACCGCUGAAGAUAAGCGGAGGGAUCAACUUUGGCUCAAGCUAGAAUCGAUCUGCAUGUCCAAGGAUCUAACCGGUAAGAUGCACGUGAAGAUGAAGUUGUUUACGCACAAGCUGCAAGAAGGUGGUUUGGUGAUGAACCACUUAUCGAUCUUUAAGGAGAUCGUUGCCGACCUAGUGUCGAUGGAGGUAAAAUAUGAUGAUGAAGAUUUAGCUCUUCUACUGUUAUGCUCACUGCCUACUUCGUUUGCAAAUUUCCAAGAUACCAUACUAUUAAGCCGUGAUGAACUAACGCUUGCGGAAGUAUAUGAGGCCCUCCAGACGAGGGAGAAGAUGAAAGGUAUGGUUCAGUCUGACGUGUCAUCCUCCAAGGGCGAAGUGUUGCAGGUUAGAGGCAGUCCCGAGCAGAAAACCUACAACAACAACAAUAAUCGAGACAAGAGCAAGAACAGUAAAGGUCGUUUCAAGUCUAGAGGCAGGGAUAAGUUCUGCAUGUAUUGUAAGAAAGAUAUUCAUGUCAUUGAGGAUUGUUGGAAGCUGCAGAAUAAGGAGAAAAAAAUGGCCUCUGUUGUCUCCGUUGUUGAUACUUUUAAUUCAGGAGACGUUCUUGUUGUCUUUGCUAGUUGUGUUGCUGGUCGUGAUGAAUGGAUACUUGAUUCUGCAUGCUCAUUUCAUAUAUGCUCUAACAGAGAUGGGAUCGGUUCUUACGAGUCUAUGCAGAGUGAAGAUGUCGUGCGUAUGGGAGAUAACAACCCACGUGAGAUCGUGGGCAUUGGCUCCGUUCAGAUCAAGAUGCAUGAUGGCAUGAUACGCACACUGAAAGAUGUGAGACACAUACCAGGGAUGGCCAGAAAUCUCAUCUCCCUCAGCACACUUGAUGUCGAGGGGUACAAACACUCCGGUUCAGGUGGAGUGUAUAAGGUAUCAAAAGGCUCCCUCAUUCAUAUGAUAGGUGAUAUGAAUUCUGCAAAGUUAUAUGUUCUUAGAGGAAGUACUUUACAUGAUUCCGUCACUGCUGCUACUGUUUCUAAUGAUGAACCAAGUAAAACUAAUCUCUGGCAUAUGCGUCUUGGGCAUAUGAGUGAACUUGGUAUGGCAGAAUUAAUCAAGAGAGACAUGUUGGAUGGCUGCACUGUGGGUAAGAUGAAGUUAUGUGAGCACUGUGUUUUUGGCAAGCACAAGAGGGUAAAAUUCAAUGCAUCUGUUCAUACCACCAAAGGUACACUUGAUUAUGUACAUGCUGAUUUGUGGGGGCUGUCUCGUAAGCCCUCUUAUGGUGGUGCUCGUUACAUGCUUACCAUUAUUGAUGAUUACUCUAGAAAAGUGUGGUCUUACUUUCUGAAAAAUAAAGAUGAUACUUUUGCUGUUUUUAAAGAGUGGAAAGUUAUGAUAGAAAGGCAAACUGAAAAGAAGCACUCACCUGCUAUUUUGCAGCCUCAAAAUCAGUCUACUACAGAUCACAAAACAAAGAGGAGUUGUGGACCUCGUCCACGUUUAAUUGAGGAAUGUGAUAUUGUUCAUUAUGCCUUUAGUUGUGCUGAACAGGUUGAGAACAUUAAUGAGCCGGCUACGUACACUGAAGCUGUUGUUUCUGGUGACCGCGAGAAGUGGAUUUCUGCUAUGCAAGAAGAGAUACAGUCACUUAAGAAAAAUGACACAUGGGAUGUUGUGCGCUUGCCUAAACACAAGAAGGUCGUUCGUUGCAAAUGGAUCUUCAAAAGAAAGAAGGGUUUGUCUUAUAAUUUUACUGCUGAUUUGGAUAAGAGGAGAUCUCUCAUAGGUUAUGUGUUCACUAUUGGUGGUUGUGCUGUGAGUUAG